UGAACAUGAUAUGCUCCAACUUGUGGUCCUUGGGAGAUUAAACAAAGGGCAAAAGUCUUAUCCUUAGCAAGGCUGCAAGGAUUAAGAAGUGGGUCAUGAAGCAAAGCAACAUUAGAAACAUCCACAGAGGUGCCAAAAAAAAUUGAUGCGAGGACAAGGUCUGGCCCCUCGAGCUUGUUGUUUUCCUCUCCCAUAACUCCCUAGAUUCCAGCCUUGCAAGAUUUUUUCCACUGUAAUUGCUUGUGCUUAUUGAUGACAAAGUGGAAGUAGGGCAAAGAGGAGCGUUAUCGAGAGGCGGAGGAAAGGAAAGUUUCCAUUUUUAUGGGUGCAUGAUUGAGGUCUCAGCCCCAAUCCCAGCCUCUGUUGUCGUUGCUUUCCCUGUUUGACUUCCACACCUUCUUCCUCCUUGUACUCCCCUUCUUCCGCCCGCCCCCUCUUUACCCCUCUGUUCGCAACCCUUCUUUCUGUCUAUUCCAUGCAAAGGUUGCAUCUUUUGCUCUCUCCGUGCCUCUCUCUUUCUCUCUCCUGUUUUCAUUCUUCCACCGCAGUGUUUGCUUUCGAAUCCUCUCUUGCUUCUUGGUGGUCUUGGUCUGCAUCUUGUCUUUCUUCUCUUAAGAGAGGUAGAAGAUUGCUUUGUGACCAUGACAGUGGAAGAAAGGAAGGGGAACGCAGAUCAGUUCCCUGCGGGCAUGCGUGUUCUAGCGGUGGAUGAUGAUCCCCUUUGUCUCAAGUUGUUGGAGGCCCUGCUACGCCGCUGCCAGUACAAUGUUACGACCACCGAUAAAGCGAUCACGGCAUUGAAGCUGCUAAGAGAGAACAAAGACAAAUUUGAUCUGGUUAUCAGCGACGUGCACAUGCCGGAUAUGGAUGGUUUCAAGCUUCUAGAGCUUGUAGGCCUCGAGAUGGACCUGCCUGUUAUUAUGUUGUCUGGCAAUGGCGAAACCCAAACUGUGAUGAAGGGAAUCGCUCAUGGUGCUUGUGACUAUCUGCUAAAGCCUGUGAGGAUCGAGGAGCUGAGGAACAUCUGGCAGCAUGUCAUCCGGAGGAGGAAGUUUGAAAGAAGAUGCCACAAUGAUCUUGACAGUAGGGAGGAUGGCCAAAAGGCUCAAAUUGUGAAAUCUGAAGAUGGCCAAGGGGCAGCUGAUUGCUAUGAAAAAGCUAAUAAAAAACGGAAAGAUCAGAUUGAAGAUGACGAAGAUGAUAGUGAUGACAACAUGCAAGAGAAUGAAGAUCCAUCCUCCCAGAAAAAGCCGAGGGUUGUUUGGACUGUCGAGCUACACAGAAAAUUUGUCAUUGCUGUUAAUCAACUGGGUAUUGACAAGGCUGUACCAAAGAAAAUACUUGAUCUUAUGAAUGUUGAGAAGCUAACAAGGGAGAAUGUUGCAAGCCAUUUACAGAAGUAUAGGCUGUACCUGAAAAGGCUCAGUGCAGUGGCAGGGCAACAAGCUAGCAUGGCUGCAGCCAUAGGAGGUAGAAACUCAUCCUAUCUUCAUAUGGCUUCUUUGAAUGGUCUCAGAAAUUACUAUGCAACUGGAGGAUCAAGCCAACUGCCAACUCUUGGAUCUUUUCAACCAAACGGAGUGCAUGGUAGAAUGGGUAGUCCAUCUGCCCUAGGAAUGCAUGGGCUGUUGCCUUCUCAGACAGGGCAGCUUGGCAGUGUGCCGAGCAGCACAAGCAAUCCAUAUAAUGAUUUAGGGAAGAUCCAAGGGACAACUUCACCAGGAAAUCCUCAAAUGAAUUUGCUUCAAGGGUUACCCAGAACUUUGAACUUAGAGCAAUUUCAGCAGCCUAAGUUAGUGCAGGAACCAAAAAAACACUUACCUGCAGGCUUAUAUGGAAGUGGCCUUGCUGCUGGUCCUUCCACUGGUUCUUUUCCAAAUGUUUCAAACAACCCUCUGUUACUGCAACCAAACAAGCAGCAUGACCGAUCAGGAGGAUUGGGCAAUUAUUCAUCAUUCAGGAUGUCUCCCUCGAGCUCAGAUUUUGAUAUUGAUCUCCAAGAUAUUUCCCAGUUUCCUCGUAUUAGUAGAUAUAAUGACUCAUGGCAAGGUGCUGUUGCUUCAUCAAGGGAUUCUGCCAAUGCAGUGCCUAUACUUGCCUCUUCUAGUCAUAACAAUCUGUCUCCUGGUAAUAUUGGAGGAAAUUUUUCUUCAAGAACUCCACAUGCAGCCACCAAAAUUCUUGAUGAAUCUCCAAACAUUGUGGCUGUUGCACCUCUGAGUGAUCCAACAAUAAGUAAUAAUGUACAAAACCAAGUUUGUUCACUUAGUGGGAGCACAAUAGCUAUGCCUGCAGGUUUCAACAAUGAUCCAAAGUUGUCGAAAUUCAAUAUAACAGGCAACUCUAGACAGAAAUGGGAUUAUAUCUUCAAUUCAAAUGAAAUUUCAAGUACUUCCUCAAAUCCUUCAUUGCCCAAUCUUCGAAUUACUGAUGCAACUGCUCAGUGUCAGGCAUCAGAGAAUGUCUUCAUUAACAAAAAGUUGGAUGUUGACACAAUAGGCCAAGUACAUUUUGGUGCUCCACUUGUCACUCAGGCUUGCAUGAUUGACAAGUUAAUUAGUGACAGUCCGCAGAACUUUAGAGGUGAAUAUGCAAUGGCGACCACAAGUUUGCAGACUGGCCUAAAUUCUACUGGUUGCAGCUUGGAUGAUGUUGUGAAUGCUAUGGUUAAACCAAACAAACCUCACUCCUUAGAAUGCUGAUAUCCUGUGUGAUGGUAGGAAAGCAGGAAUGGCAUCACAGUAAGAUGUAUUGGCUGGGUUUCUCCAGGAAUGUUUUCUUUAGAAAUGGGUUCAUUGAGUAUGGCCGAUCGUGAACCAUUAGUGGUGCACUUUGGGCUACAUGAAGAGUUUUACGGAAGCUAAUGCUGCCAAUUUGGUAUAUAGCAAAUGACAAGCCUCCGACUGCAGGAACUGAUUAUUUCUGAAUAGAGAUAUUCACGUUGGUCUGUCGGUGAUUGUCGAGAUGACAAUAUGAUGACGAAGUUUUCCAACUUCUGGUUUUACUCUGGGAAUGUAAUUACUGCUUCUUGAAACUCAAGUUAACAUCUUUCGAUUAAUGGUUUGGUGAACAAGAUAUCAUGCCUGAGGUUUGCUUGUUCUGUGUACCAAAUACUAAACAUUGCUAAGAAAUCAGAAGCAGCUCUCAUGACGUAGAAAUCAUUUCUCAAUUGGUCAGAAGAAUAGCUACAUGCACAUCUUUUGACAGCCGCAACUUUCUCAUACUGUAUUCUUAUCACACACCAAUGAAAAAGAAAAAACCCUCAUCCGGCAAUCAGUUCUUGUGUUGAUAUCAGUUGAUUGAAAUAAAAAAGUAUGUUAAUAUAGAAAUUGGACUUGCCUGGUGGCAUGUUAUAGGAAUUUGGUUCUUGGUAGUAUGCUUCUUGUACUAAAUUUUUCUUCUUAUACAUCCAACUUGUUGACUGUAUUUUCCUCGAUAAAUGAGGCUGAUACGAUUUUUGGAUUUUGUGGAUAACUUCAUGUUCCUAACCAUUGUAUCAGAUUAU